AUGCCGCACGACAAGCACAAACAUAGUUCGCGCCCGCACUCGCCUGCGCAUGCGCCACUCCUAGGCUCGCCGAAGCCGUCAUAUGCGCACGGACCAGGCUAUCAGGCUAUCUCCAGCAACUCGAGCAAUGGGCGUAGUAGCCCUGGACCGCAUACACAGUAUACGGCUGGCCCACAGACGCCGUACCACCAUCCUCAGGCGUAUUACCCGCAACAGCAGCAGCAGCAUUUCGGCGCGUUGAUGCCUGCUGGUGCGCACUCCAAUGGAGAACACGAGCAUGCGGCGCCGUCAGACGUUGCGUCAGUGUCUAUAGCACCUUCCUUACGGAGCCCGUCGCCAGAUCGCGCGCUUGCGAGUGUACGCCGUGCUGGACUUCUCUGCUUUUGGACGAGUGCUAUACUUGUGUGCCCAUGCAUCGCUGUGGCUGCCAUCGUGCUUACCUGCCGACUCCUCGUCGAGACUGCCCUCUGGUUCCAAACAGCUCUGUAG